UGACAAUUGAGUAAUGACAAUAGAAAUAGCUCACACUCCAUAGGACCAUCUUUCCCUUUCCUGAAGAACUUUUCUGAAAUCAACUACUUUGCAAUGGAGAGACGGCCAGAGACAGUCAGAGGAAAACUGCAAAUCUUUCAGAAGACGGAAAAAGUGCCUCAAGCGACGGCAGGAUCCCCAGUGCUUGAGUACCAUGCUGCCUUGGUCGCGGGAGACCUGGAGCAUCUUAAGCCCCUCAUGGACCAGUUCUUCCAGGAUGCUAAUGUGGUGUUUGAGAUCGAUAAGGACGAGAUGGAAUGGCAGGCCUCUGGACCCUGGAGUACAAGCGCGAGCUCACCACGCCCCUGUGCAUCGCGGCGGCCCACGGCCACACAGCCUGCGUGCGACACCUGCUCGGCCGCGGCGCCGCCCCCGACGCCAGCCCCGGCGGCCGCGGCGCCCUGCACGAGGCCUGCCUCGGGGGCCACACGGCCUGCGCCCGGCUGCUGCUGCGGCACCGCGCGGACCCCGACCUGCUCAGCGCCGAGGGCCUGGCGCCCCUGCACCUGUGCCGCACGGCCGCCUCGCUCGGGUAAGGACCGACCCAGACCCCGGACCCCUCGUCCUGAACCCGGGACCCUCGGCCACCAGUCCCCAAGCCCGGACCCGGUCCCGAUCCUCCUCAGCCCCUGCCCUGGCCCCGGACCCCGGACCCCUCGUCCCGAACCCGGGACCCUCGGCCACCAGCCCCCAAGCCCGGACCCGGUCCCGAUCCUCCUCGGCCCCAGCCCCGGACCCCGGACCCCUCGUCCUGAACCCGGGACCCUCGGCCACCAGUCCCCAAGCCCGGACCCGGUCCCGAUCCUCCUCAGCCCCUGCCCUGGCCCCGGACCCCGGACCCCUCGUCCCGAACCCGGGACCCUCGGCCACCAGCCCCCAAGCCCGGACCCGGUCCCGAUCCUCCUCGGCCCCUGCCCCGGCCCCCGCACCCCUCGUCCCGAACCCGGGACCCUCGGCCACCAGUCCCCAAGCCCGGACCCGAUCUCGAUCCUCCUCGGCCCCUGCCCCGGCCCCCGCACCCCUCGUCCCGAACCCGGGACCCUCGGCCACCAGUCCCCAAGCCCGGACCCGGUCCCGAUCCUCCUCGGCCCCUGCCCCUGCCCCUGCCCCGGCCCCGGGCGGGUGUCAUCAGCGCUGAUUGCGAGCGCGAGGCGGGGACGCACGCCGCGUAAUGAGCCGGUGAUCACGGGCCUGCAGACGCUAAAAGGCCACUGGCGGGGGUGCGGGCUGAAAAAUUAGGGUUUUUCAUGAUAAUUUUAUGCAGAAUAAUUGGCACAGUGUGACAUCCAUGGCUAGCUCCUCGGGCGCGAGCUUCCGAGCCCCCUCGCGGGCCCAGCCGGGUCCCGGCUCCGCCAGCUCCGCAGCCGCGUCCCGCCCCCAGCCCUCCCUGGACGGCCGCCUCCCCGCGGGGUCCCGGAGGUCCCGGCAGAGGCAGCGCCGACCUGGGGCGUCGCGCGGCACGUGUGAUCGGGUGUCUCAGCCUGCACUAUGUCAACUUGACGUUUCUCCUAGGAUGUCCCCGUCCCUGCCCUUGGGGUUAUAACUGCUCGGCCUUCGAGCUCUGUGGUGGGGAUGAAAUAAAAUGCCCCCUGUAAAGUGCUCGGGACACGGUCAGCUCUCAGAAACUGUGUCGCCCUGGCGGUUUUUCCACCAACUGCCCAGCCUUGCCCGGUGUCUCCUGCACCAGGAGGGCGAGGGGACGGGCAGCCGGGCGGCUGGGCUCUCAGCGACCCAGGCAGGCGCGCACCUGAGACAUGUCACCCACGUUCAGAGGGGACUCAGAAGGGCACAACCACCGGUCUUGAGAAUGACUCGAGGCAAACACGGUUCCAGCGAUAAUGUUUAAAAGUAGCUUUACUGAGGUGUAAUGCACUGCACGUGUUUAAGGUGUACGAUCUGAUAAGUCUGGGCGUAUGCACACGCUCAUGAAACCGUCCCCACCGUCAAGACAGUGAACACGUCGUGGCUCCCAAGAGCUUCCCAAGCACAGCUGUUAUCUCCGUCCCUAGCCCUGGUCUGCUUUCCAUCAUUAGAGCUUAGCUUGAAUCUUCUGGAGUUUUAUAUAAACAGAAUGUACUCUCUUUUGUCUGGCUUCUUUCACGCAACAUAAUUAUUUUGAGAUUCACCUCUGCUGUGUGUAUCCAUAGUUCACUCCUUUUUAUUGCUGCAUAGUAUUCCAUGGUAUGGGUGUGCCACAGUGUGUAUAUUCAUUCAUAGGUUGAAAGACAUUUGUUUGCUGUUUGGCACUAUUACAAAUACAGCCGCUGUGAACAAUUCUGUGCCAGCCUUUGUAUGGACAGAUGAUUUCAUUUCUUUUGGAUAAAUCCCUAGGAUUAAAAUGACUGGGUUGUAUGAUAAGAUUACUGGUUUCCAAAGUGGUACCGUUUUACGUUUCCACCAGCAAUGUUUGAGUGUCCUGGUUACUUCACAUCCUCAGCAGUACAUGGUAUGGUCAGUCUUUAAUUGUAGACAUUCUAUCAGGUGUGUACAAGUAUCUCAUUAUAGUUUUGAUUGACAUUUCCCUGGUGACUAGGGACAUUGAGCAUCUUUUCACGUACUUACCUGCCAUCCAUAUAUUUUCUCUGGUGAAGUGUCUGUUCAAAUCUUUUGCACAUUUUUUAAAUUAAGUUGUUUUCUUAUUAAAUUUUGAGAUAUCUUUAUGUCCUCUAGAGACAAGUCCUGGUCAGAUAUGUGAUAUAUAAGUAUUAUCUCCCAAUCUGUGGCUUAUAUUUUCUUCUCUUAACAGAGUCUUUUGAACAAUGAAAGUUCUUAAUUAUGAUGGAGUCCAAUUUACCAGUUUUUUUUUCUUUUAGGGAUUGUGUUGUGUGCCUAACCCAAGUUCACAAGAAUUUUCUCUUAUGUUUUCUUCUAGAAAUUUUAUAAUUUUGCAUUUUAUGUUUAAGUCUAUGAUCUACUUUCGAUUCAUUUCUGGAUAUGAUGUAAGGCAUGGAUUGAAGCUUUGUUGCUUGCUCGUUUGCAUACGGAUAUUCAAGUGUUCCAGCACUGUUUGUCAAAAAUCCUUUAAUUUCUCCACUGAACCGCCUUUGCACCUUUAUCAAAAAUCAAUUGAUUACAUAUGUGAGGGUUUAUUUCUGGACUCUCUUAUCAAGUACACACAACACAGGGCAAGGUCUGACUGAUUCAAUUGGUAGAGACACAAGGAGCCACUCUAUUACAUAAACAGUGAAAGGAAGAGUAGCCAAAGGUACCAUCUCUUUGUGGUCCUUGUCCCACACACCAGAAAGGAUAACACCUAAACAAAAGGGGCUGGAUGAUCUCAACGUGACUUGAAGGAUACCUCCUUGCUGAGCAGCCCUAUCUAGACUUCAGCAGAACAGGUUUAUACUCCACAGCUCCACUCUGAGGGAGGCGAGGCAGGAUGCUUCAUCCUCAUCAGAACCCAGGAGGGCAUAAGAAACUGCCUCAUGACAGCCACACAGGGGACUUGGGGAGGCAAGUGGACUAUAACCUUAAUGCAGCUCCUUACAAGCUUCCCACCCAGGGGAGUAACACGGUUUUCCACCAAGAUUUAGAUUCAGCAGUGGUUCAAACUUUUGCUUGCUUGGCCUACAUGGAUACAUACAAGGUCACCAGUGCGGCCGCGGCAGAACUGUGCCCCUACGGUAUCUCUAUUCUUCUCCGUUUUAACACCAAUACCAUAUUGUCUUGGAUACUGUCACUUUACAGUGAAUCCCGAAGUCAGUUAGUAUAAGUUCUCAACGAUCAUUCUUUUUCAAAGUUGUUUUGGCUAUUCUAGUUCCUUAGCAUUUCCAUAUGAAUUUUAGAUUCACUUUAUCAAUUUCUACAAAAUAGUCUGCUGGGUUUUGACUCAGGUUGCCAUGAAUCUGUAAAUCAAUGUGGGGAGAAUGGACAUCAUAAAAAUACUGAGGCUUCCAGCCCACGAGCACAAUACACCCCUCCAUUUAUUUAGGUCUUCUUUGAUUUCUCUCAGCUGUGUUUUAUAGUCUUCAGAGUGCAGAGCUUGCACAUAUUUUGUAAGAUUUAUCCCUAAUUAUUUCAUUUUUUGAUGCUAUUGUAAAUGGUAUUUUUUAAUCUCAAUUUCUGAUUGUGUGUAGUUACUAUGUAAAAUUGGUAAUUUAUUUUUUAUAUUGAUCUUAUGUCCUAUAACCUUCCUAAACUCAUUAACUGUUCCAGCAGAUUUUUGUAAAUUCCAUGGGAUUUCUAUGUAAGCAAUCACAUCAUCUGCGAAUAAACAUUAUUUUACUUCUUUUGCGA